CCCAUUAGGCAUAUAUAAACUUAGACAAUUUUACUUCUCUUCUAGUUUCAUUAAUUUUACGACAGAAAUAUCAAUCAAAUAAUUCAAAAUGAAAGUAUUCUCCAUUUCUACAAUAAUUUGUGUCUUUCUCAUUCUAGCUGAAUGCCAAUAUCAUUCCCAACACAAUCCAAAUGGUCCAGUCUAUGACGGUCUCGACUCUGUUCUCGAUGAAGCUGCAAAAAAUUCCCAAAUGUUUGCCAACGAUCUAACUCAAAGAAUGAAUAAAACUUUCAAUACUAUUGAGGAAAAACUUGAACAAUGGAAGAAUAACAACGCUUUCAGCAAUCAAUUAGAGAUGUUUGAAACCAAUGGAAAUCAAUGCGUCAAGGAAAACGAAGUUGCUUUAGCUCAAUUUAUGAGAAAUCUUGUCAGCACUUAUGACUUGUGUGCUAAAGAAGUUAAAAAACUUGUUUCCGAAAAACUUACCGCCAUUACGGAUUCUUUAAAAUUCAUCAAGAAUGCCCCACGUCAAGUUGAAAAUAUUUCUGCAGAAUGUUUCGCUCAGGAGGAAAAGCCAGUCGAUUUAGCUGUAAGUUCUCUUUGUGUAGUAACACGCAUUGCAAAUAUCGAAUUGAUUACAUCGGAAGCAAAUGAUCUUGUGGAGAAAUUCAUUCAUCAAGGAGUUGCAGAAAUUGAAGCUUUUGCUGCAACAAAUUGCAAAGGAAUCAAAGAACUUGAUAGAGAAUUUGUUGAAAUUUUCACUAAAAUUCAAGCUUGUGUUCAAAAUAACAGACAAUAAAAAGAUUUCUUAAA